CUUCCCUCAGCCACCAUGUUCAACCAGCAGCUCCAGCAGCAGCAGCAGCAGCAGCAGUUGCAGCAGCUGCAGCUCCAGCAGCAGCAGCAACAGUUACUGCAACUUCAACAGCUGCUCCAACAACCCCCACCGCAGGCGUCCUUGCCCAUGCCUGUCAGCCGGGCCCUCCCUCAGCAGUCAUCCCCGCAGCAGCUACUGAACCUCCAGGGCCUCCAAUCGACCUCCCUGCUCAAUGGCUCCAUGCUGCAAAGAGCUUUGCUACUGCAGCAGUUGCAAGGACUGGACCAGUUUGCAAUGCCACCAGCCAUGUAUGACAGUGCCAGCCUCACCAUGCCUACGGCAGCAUUGGGCAACCUCCGCGCUUACAACAUGACAGCCCCAAGCCUAGCAGCUCCCAGCCUUACACCACCCCAGAUGGUCACCCCAAAUCUACAACAGUUCUUUCCGCAGGCUACUCGCCAGUCCCUGCUGGGCCCUCCUCCUGGUGGGGUCCCCAUGAAUCCUUCUCAGGUCAACCACUCAGGGAGGAAACAGGCCAGAAACCCCUCUUCCAUCACCCCCAGUCACAAGGAUUCUUCUUCCCAGACGGUGCCUCUGGAAGACAGGGAAGACCCCACAGAGGAGUCUGAGGAAGCCGCAGAGCUCCAGAUGGACACAUAUGAAGACCCAGAUUCAGUAGUCUGCCCGGACGGCAUGGCGAGUGACCCUCCAGAGCCUGAGCCCUUUGAGGCAUUGGAACCACCUUCCAAGAUGUCGAAGAGCUCAGAGGAGUCCACAGAGAAAGGCCCUACAGGGCAGCCACAAGCCAAGGUCCAGCCUCAGAUCCAGAUGACCGCCCCAAAGCAGACACAGACCCCAAAUCGGCUGCCUGAGCCACCAGGUGCCCUGGUGCUGCCCCGUCUCCAGCCACAGGUUCUGCAGAGCCAGGUGCUGCCAAAGCUGCAGAAGCAGGCACAGACACAGACGUCUCCAGAGCACUUAGCACCAGAGCAGAGUCAGGUACAGCCACAGGUACAGCCACAGGAGACAGACUCACAGCAGCAAGCUCAGGCACGGAGCCAGCCUCAGCUCCCGUGGCAGGUACAACCGCAGAAGCAGGCCCAGACACAGACACAUCCGCAGGUGUCUGAGCAAGCACAGCCCCAGGAGCAGAUAUCAGAGAAGACCCAGGAGGAGCCUCAGACCUGGCCACAGGAGUCAGUAUCCCCACCAGCACAAGUGGCAGCUCUGGCCUGUGCCAUGGAACCACAGCCAUCAUCUAACACUGCAGAAGCUGGUAGAGGCCCAGAGGAGGCCUUGCCAGAACCAGAAAGUGCUCAGGGCCAUGAAGACGUGAGCCAGGAGGCAUCAGCUGGUGGCCUGGAUGUGGGAGAAUGUGAAAAAAGAGCAAGAGAGAUGCUUGGGAUAUGGGGGGCUGGGAGCUCCCUGAAGGUCACCAUCCUGCAGAGCAGCAACAGCCGGGCUUUCAACACCACACCUGUCACAUCUGGACCUCGCCCUGGGGACUCUACCUCUACUGCCCCUGCCCUUGCCAGCACACCCUCCAAGCAGACCCUCCAGUUCUUCUGUUAUAUCUGCAAGGCCAGCUGCAGCAGCCAGCAGGAGUUCCAGGAUCACAUGUCAGAGGCUCCUCACCAGCAGCGGCUUGGGGAAAUGCAACACUCGAGCCAGACCUGCCUGCUGUCCCUGCUGCCCGUGCCUCGGGACAUCCUGGAGAGAGAGGCUGAAGAUCCUCCACCAAAACGCUGGUGCAAUACCUGCCAGGUGUACUACGUGGGAGACCUGAUCCAACACCGCAGGACACAGGAGCACAAGAACGCCAAACAGUCCCUGAGGCCCUUCUGCACCAUAUGCAGCCGUCAUUUCAAGACCCCUCGAAAGUUUGUGGAGCAUGUGAAGUCCCAGGGACACAAAGACAAGGCCAAGGAGCUAAAGACGCUUGAAAAGGAAGUAGCCAGCCCCGAGGAGGACCACUUCAUCACGGUGGACGCCGUUGGCUGCUUCGAGAGUGACCAAGAAGAGGACGACGAUGAUGACAAUGAAGAAGAAGAAGAAGAGGAGAUCGAGGCUGAGGAGGAAUUCUGCAAGCAGAUGAGGUCAAAAGAUCCAUCUUCAGAGGAAUGGAAGGGCUCAGAGACUUACAACCCCAACAGGGCAUACGGUGUGGACUUCCUGGUGCCAGUGAUGGGCUAUGUCUGCCGCGUCUGUCACAAGUUCUAUGACAGCAACUCCAGGUUGCGACUCUCCCACUGCAAGUCCCAGACCCACUUUGAGAACCUGCAGAAAUAUAAAGAAGCCAAGAACCCCAGCCCGGCUACCCGGCCCAUGAGCCGCAAGUGUGCAAUCAAUGCUCGCAAUGCCUUGACCGCCCUGUUCACCUCUAGCAGUGGCGGUGCCCACCAGCCUAGCCCCCCAGACACAGCGAAAAUACAGAGCAAGGUAAAGCCUGGAUCCCACAGCCCCCCUCCUCCGCUUCGGCGCUCAACUCGCCUCAAAACCUGAUAGCGGGAGCUCUGGCCACCUAGGAUCUGCUAAUGCUCUCUGGGUAUCUGUGUGGAAAUGUUCACGUGGUUGGUGUUUUCACUCAAAA